AUGGCACAGGCAUCAACAAACACUCGCCGCUCCACGACCCACCAGGACCACGGCUUCUCUUCUUCCUCUUCCUCCUCUUGUCGGUCGUGGCAUCCUGCGAAUGGGUUCUCCAAUGCGGCCGAGUUAGAGUCGCCGCAGCAUCGGGAGAGAUACCUGGGGCGGAUGUUCCGGUUCGUGGACGAGAACGGGGACGGGAAGAUAUCGCCGUCGGAGUUGCAGAGCUGCAUGAAAACUGUCGGGGAGGAGCUGACGGAGGAGGACGCGGAGGCGGUGGUGGAGUCUGCGGACUCCGACGGCGACGGGUUGCUAGGGUUUGAGGACUUUGCGAGGCUGGUGGCGGAGGGGGAGAGGGAGGAGGAGAGGAAACGGAGCCUGCGGGAGGCCUUCGGCGUAUACGCGGCGGAGGAGGGCGGCUGCAUCACCCCACGCAGCCUACGGAGGACACUCGCUCGCCUCGGCGAGGCGAAGACCCUCGAGGCCUGCCGCCUCAUGAUCCAACGCUUCGACCUGAACGGUGAUGGCGUGAUCUCUUUCGACGAAUUCAUCGCCAUGAUGCUUUAG